AUGGACCAAUCUCGAGCGAUCAACGCCCUCGCACCCUUCAUCGCCCUCGCCAAAUCCGCCAACUCACCUCGUGCCGCCGCCGAUCUCGUCACACAGGCAACCUCAGCAGCAAACACAUACGUCUUCUCGGAACUCCUGCAACAGCCGAACGUCCAAGCACUCGCCGGACACGAGCAAUAUGGCAACUUCCACACCCUCCUUCAGAUCUUUGCCUGGGGCACGUGGGAGAGCUACAAAUCGACCAGCGGUCUCCCCCAACUAAGCGACGCCCAAGCCCUCAAACUCCGCUUCCUCUCCCUCCUCACCAUCGCCUCAGAGAAGACCGCCUCCUCGAACCUCAGCUAUGCCUCCCUCUGCUCCCGCCUCAACCUCGAAUCUCCGAUCGACCUCGAACAUCUCAUCACGCAAGCAAUCUACAACGACCUCAUAACCGGGACUCUCAAUCCCGCCUCCCAAACUGUAAUCAUUACAUCCGUCGCACCACUACGCGACCCUGCUCCAGGAAGCGUACAGGCGAUGAUCGCCGAGCUCAACGCCUGGAGCGGACGCUGCGAUUCCGUGCUCUCAGACCUGGAGGCGGAGAUCAAGAAAGUCAAGAGCGAGGCUGAGAGGCCGCUGCUGCCGGAGGAGCGCUGGCGGGGGGCAGGACCGGGUUGGGCUCGAGAGGGGCUACGAAGAGAGAGCAGGCAGAUGAUGACGACGAUGAUGAUAUGA